AUGAAGCUUAGCCCGGAAGAUGUAUUCUCCAAGCACGAUGUCAUUCUACUCACGGAAACCUUUGCAGAAGAACCAGUCGAGUUGAAUGGCUUCUAUACAUUCAACUCACCAGCAAUGAAGAGAGCGAGGAGAGGGCGUCCAUCAGGUGGUAUCACAAUUGCUGUGAAACCUUUCAUGGAACCAUCGUUACUCCUCAAGAGCGAAUCAUACGUGGUCGUUCAAACUAAGGUGUGCAACCUGGUAUGCUGCUAUGUGCAGCCCCAGUGCGAAGUAGAGGAGAUGUUGGAAGUGGUACUAAGAGCGCUGGAGAAUAUCAACCAAGAAUUACCAACAAUCUUAACUGGGGACUUCAAUGCCCGGUCAGAUAUCCUCUCUGAUAAAGGCGAGGCUCUACAGAACCUCCUCUUUGCCUCAGGAUAUACCAUGGUGAAUGACCCCAUAACCCCAACUUACCUCUGCCACAAUGGGAAGAGCACCAUCGAUCUCAUCUUCACAAAUGCCUCCAUCAAGUCACGCUUUGGAGCAAAUGAAAACCUCGAGCUAGUGGCCCCAUGCAUCCUAAGGGGAAACAUUGAUGAGGCCUUCCUACACCUGAAGACGGCCAUCUCGGACGCAGUAUCAGUGAUCAGACCUAGAAGGAUGCCCUGGAAGCCGUGGUUUGAUAUAUACUGCCAUGAACUGAGAAAGGAGGUGAUACACCUCCUCCACAAAGCCAAGAAUGACUCUACAAUGAGGGUGCACUACUCAGUGAAGAGGAAAGAGUACAGGAAUUUUGAGGACAUUCGACCACUCAAUCUGAAGCAAAUGAACGACUUACGUAGAUUCCCUGAGUUGGGAAAGAUGGCGAACCAGGUGGCUAUCGAUGACGGAGAGAUGGGGAGAGAAGCAGAGAUUCAGUUUGAAGAUGAGUGCGGUGAAGCUGUUGGAGUUGGCCCUGUCACUCUCAGGUUUCUUGACAGAUUCACGGGACAUAUGGAGCCACGAGAUACUCUUAUUUUCCCAGCUGUCACUAUCUGCUCCCAAAAACAAGAGUCUUACAACAUGGAUGAUCAAAAGCUGCCUUACGAUUUUUCGGGGAUGUUCAGCCCAAUGGAAAAACUCCUGGAGUGGGAUAAUGAUGUUGAAAAGGUAUUCAGGCAGCUGGAUCGGCCAGAUGACUCAUACCAAGAAACAAUGGCAACUGUUCCUUCUGUUGCCUACGAAGCCAAUCAUACAACAGAGGAGAACGGAGUGCAGGAGACCUGCGUCCAACCCUUCGUUGUUGUCAACUAUGCUUCGACACGGGAUACGAUAAUCUAUCUCAGGAGACUAUUCGGUGAAAAUACGUACCUCUGGGACGACUUCUCUGGAAACACCUCCUUGGAUCAUACCGACAUAAUAAAUUCCAUACUCCAUUGCAGCUUCAAUGAGCAGCCAUGCAAUGAGAGUGACUUCAAAGCCGAACCGAUCACAAAUAACAGGAGAUGCCUUACUUUCAACUUCCACCGGAAUAAAGAAGUCAGGAGUCAGAGAACUUCAUAUUCUGGAUAUGGCAAGAACAGAGACAUUUGGCAAGGUCUUCGGCUUGUCCUGGCUCCGGAUUUCACGCACCAACUGGACAGCAACUCACAAGGCAUUGGAUACAGGCUCUUCACUCGGAAACUCCAGGAUGAUACCUUUGCCCUCGAUGAAGGAUUCGACGCAAACUUGGGAGUGGUCUCUUCAGUUCGCCUGAAGAUGAUGGAGUUCGAACGAAUUCACAUGGAGGAUGGGGGGAAUUGUGCAGGAGAUUCCUACCUCAUGCAGCGAUUCGACCCUAAGAUCUUCAUGGUCACAAAUGAAACCGUUUACACCAAGGAGGUAGCUGUGCUGAAAGUAUUCUAUGAAACCAUGUCAGUGGAGAAAACCACGGAGAUGCUGCUAUACCCGUGGUCGAGCUUCAUCGGUACAUUCGGGGGGUUGCUGGGUCUCUACACCGGGAUGUCUUUCGUCUCUGUUCUGGAAAUGCUAGAGUGGAUCGUCGACAUCAUCUUGUAUAGCUGGAGGAAGCCCAGGCAUAACAGAAUGGGGCCCAAAAGAAGAGUCAUUCUCAGCUGGACGGGUGGAGAUCUUGAGGAAGAGUCGAGAAAGAAGUCUCCUCCAAAAGGAGAGUUUCGUUUGGGAGAUCCUCCAGUCUAUAAUCGUCCAUCCCUGAAGGAAACUAGGAAAGCUGGAUUUGAUCUUGUAUUCUCUCAUCAUGUCUAA